GCGCAAUGGUCGACGUCGUGUAUUCUUUGUGGCUCUGCCCGAGUGAACCCACAGUUCAAAGUUACCUCAAGAAGGUGAUCGAUACCUUUUCGGACAGAUUGGACACACCAAAGUGGAAUCCCCAUAUUACUCUCCUAGGUGGAAUAAAUACAUCAAAAGAGGAUGUAAUAGCAUUGACACGCAAGGUUGCAGACGCUGGAGCUAACUUCAAUGUGACUCUUUCCGAUAUAGCAACUAAAGAUCUGUACUAUCAGUGUGUCAUGGCUGUCCCACAUCCUUCUGAUCCUCUGAUAGAGCUAAACACGACUGCUCGGAAAGUCUUUGAAAAAGAAGACCAACCGCUAUUUUGGCCGCACUUAUCACUUAUCUACGGUGAUCUUGACAAAGAACUAAAGCGAGAGAUUGCAGAGGAAGUGAAGAAAGAGUUUAAUGUGGUUGGUCAGAUAGUAGAUGUCAAGAGCAUCCAAAUUUGGAGCACGACAGGAAGCCCGGAAAAGUGGGAAUUCAUUGCGGAGACGCCACUAAAAUAGACGAUGUCCUUCUCCAUAUUGUGUAGGCGUCCGGUGUAGUACAUUACAGGGGAUCGUCAAAAAUGAAAUGUAUUCUGUAUCGAAAGCACUAAAAUAAACGAUGUCCUCCACCACAUUGUAGGCUCCCGUGCAGUACAUUACAGGGGAUUGUCAGGUAUGAAAUGUUGUAGCUGCCGAAAGCAACUUGCCUACGUUU